AUGAAGGCUGAGAGCACUAGAGGUCGUAAAGGGAUGAGAAGGAAGCCCGAGCACAUUCAUGCUUUUCACAAACAAAACCUUUUUCGUUUAUCUUUAACUGCAGUUCUUUAUUUUCAAUUUGCUUUGCAUUUUAUGCCUGCGAUGCUCAAACAGCAGAAAACUGAACACACAUCUGCUGGGGCGUUGAAAGAAAACAAAAAAUUGACGCCGCAGUUCCGAAAUAAUGUUCAGUUGUCCGACAAGUUAGAUUUAGCCUGA